GAUGUCCAUUAGUGUGUGUGAGCGUGCUAUGGUGUCAGGGCAGGAAAGAUGGCGGCCUCUGCGCUCCGCCGUGGCUUGUGGAGCACUGUCAGUAAAUACAACAGGAAACACACCCACAGAAUACUGAGCGUGGCGGACAGCAGCAGCGGCUUCGAGGCGUUCAGACAUCGGCCACAGUGCCGGAGCUGCGGACUGACCGGCGGAGCUCCGCUGGUGAGGUUCAUGUCGUCACGGCCUGAGGGGAAGGUUUUGGAAACAGUCGGAGUGUUUGAGGCUGUGAAGCAACAUGGCAAAUAUGAAACGGGACAACUGUUUCUCCACAGCGUGUUUGGCUACAGAGGCAUCGUCUUGUUUCCCUGGCAUGCCCGACUCUACGACAGAGACAUCACCCCUCCCGUGUCUGACAGCAAACCUGAUCCACCAGGAGGCCACGGUUCCAAAGAGGUUAAGGGGAAGACUCACACCUAUUACCAAGUCUUGAUUGACACUAGGGACUGCCCUCACAUAUCUCAGAGGUCUCAGACAGAGGCAGUAACGUUUCUGGCCAACCAUGACGACAGCAGAGCCCUGUACGCCAUCCCAGGUCUGGACUAUGUGAGCCAUGAAGACAUCCUUCCCUACAACUCCACAGAGCAGGUCCCCAUCCAGCAUGAGCUGUUUGAGCGCUUCCUCAUGUACAACCCAACAAAAUCUCCUCCAUUCACAUCCAGAGACACCCUGAAGGCGUGGCAGGAGAAAAACCAUCCCUGGCUGGAGCUCUCAGACGUCCACAGGGAGACCACUGAGAACAUCCGAGUCACUGUCAUCCCCUUCUACAUGGGCAUGAGGGAGGCCCAGAACUCUCAUGUUUACUGGUGGCGAUACUGUAUCCGUCUGGAGAACAUGGGCAGUGAGGUGGUUCAGCUGAGAGAGAGGCACUGGAGGAUCUUCAGCCUGUCAGGAACUCUGGAGACGGUCCGAGGACGAGGAGUCGUGGGCAGGGAGCCGGUGUUGUCUAAAGAGCAGCCGGCCUUUCAGUACAGCAGCCACGUAUCUCUACAAGCCCCCAGUGGUCAUAUGUGGGGGACGUUUCGUAUUGAAAGGACUGAUGGCUCCCACUUUGAUGUUCGCAUUCCUCCUUUCUCCCUGGAGAGCAACAAAGACGACAAAGCGCCCCCAGCUGGCUACACAUUCUAACUGCGAGUAGUCACCUCCCACCUGUGACAACCAGAUGCGCCAUUAGUCUUGGACAUGCCUGGGUUUUCUAAAAUUGUCCUUCCUCUGUAACAUUGCCUCAGCCUUCAGCGUCAGACUAGCGUGAGUCAGGUUAUGCAAAGGGUAACUAUUGCAUUUUCUAGGUCAUCCAAAUGCAGGCCCACCUUGCCCUUUUUCUGUCUGAGUGCACCCAACAGCAGUAUAACAUUUAUUAAAUCAUAUAGAGUAGAAAAUGGAUGCGCCUUCACUCUGUGAUGUGUUUGAAGACAUGCACAGUGUAGUGGAUGACAAGUGGGAGACAGGGAGGAAGAGUUGAGGCUGGAUACCUCAAAUCAACCAGAAAGCAGAUUUUGACUUUAAUUAACUAGACUGUAUAGUCUCAAAUUAGCUCAUAGUCUCAUUUGCCCCGCCCCACUUUCAUAAUGACCCGAAGUUGUUUAUUUUACACUUCAUAUCAUAACAUCAAAGGUCUCUAACUUUGUGUUUUAUGCCAUUAAUGUAUAGUAGAACUGUUUGCAGAGCUCUUUGCCCUGCUCUCUCUCACAGUCAGACUGGCUAUCAGCAGAGCCGUGUGAAAUCCUGCCAUGUUGGGGGGCCGGUCAGCCAUCAAAAAAAAACAUUUAGUUUCUAGCUGUCCUCAGACUUUGCAUAACAUUCCGCUUUAGCUAUGUCGUUCUUUCCACAGCCAUCUAGUUCUCGGUGGGCGGGCAGACCUCAACCUACCCUUUGUUUAUCUAGCUGAUGUGCAGGAGCGUUUACUUUAAACAGGUGUUCAGUUGGCUCAUAAUAAUCCCCUGACCUGCAGCUACCACCACUGUUGGAAACAACCAUCCCUGAAGCUACAUGUUAAAAACAUAUCCUUCCAUUGAUGUUGGGAUUUAUGAAAACAUUACAUGACUUUUGUCCUGGACCCUGUUUUCCUGUCAUGUUUUCUCAUCAUAAAACUAUACUAUCACACAUUAGACCUAUGGAUUAGACCUUGGACACUUACGAAAGGGACAACUUAAUACAGGAAUAGUUAAAGUGCAGAGGUAUUUAUGUCUGACAACACUGAAGCACAGUGGAUUAAGUUAGGAUCUGUUUGACACUGAAUUGAAAAAGACUCUUAAAUGUCAAUGUGAAUUCAUUAAAAAUGAUCUUAAGUCAAAUUAUAUAACUAGAAUUUUCAAUGUAUGACACCUUUGGCAGAACAAGCCUUGAAUCUGUGUACAGAGGUUUGUAUGUGAUUUGUGGUGUUGUUUUGAAGCCUUCCAGGACCUGCUGUAAAGUAGCAUCUCUAUGCUGCCACCAACAGGCUUGAUGCUGUGCACACGUCUUAAUGGACCGAUUGCAGAGAUGGAAAAAUUCCCAUGUUAUCUACUAGUGAGAAUUCUCAUCAUAGGACAGCUUUAGAUGGUAUAAUGGUCAAGUUGCCUUGAGGGUUAAUUUAUUUAUUCAAUUUUAGUUCAAUGACAGUGAACAUUAGCUGAUGUGAGGCACCCAUGUUUGUUUUUCUUCAGGCACUUGAGUUUUCUUAAGCUCCAUGUUGGGUAUCAAUCAUUGUGUUUUAUAAAAAUAGUGUGUCACAGAUAAAGAAAUGAGUAAACCAUUGAUUCAUUUUAUAUUUGUCCUUAAUUUAGAUUUUUUUUAUAGACAUCUGGUUCAUCUUUGACAUUUAAGUCCUAUUUUUUUUUACAGUGCUCCUAAUACAAUCCAGAGAUUUCUUGGAAAAGAGUGGAAGUCAGGUUUUCGUUGUCAUUGAAUAGCAAAAACACCACAACAUUAAAUAGUUAAGGCCAGCAGUGGGCUGCCAGUGUUGUGGUUAACUGGAGAACUGAGUGUGUGACAUGUAUAUCUUCCUCUCUGCUGUCUGCUCCUUUGUAAAAACCUGAAUGUCUUUCAUUGAGGCUGACUGUUUGACUUUGCAAGCUCUGUGACGAGAGAAGUUAUGAGCCUAAAAAUCCUCACCAGAAGAGUCAGAACACAAACUAACAUUGUUGGUUUGAUAAGUGAUUAGAAGCAACUUAAAUGGUUGAAAUACAACUGUAAAUAGAGAUGUAAUUAAAGGCUACACAAAUAAAUAUACCUUUUGAAAAAUA